AAUCUUAUGAUUCUCUUUCCUUGCGGAUAACGCACAACAACGGGACGCGGCGCAGCAGCUCCUCGUUUUAUUUCAGACUUUUUGAAACAUUUUUAGUCGGGAAAACGUCUUUCUGAGAAUUUUUUUUCUGAAUUACGCAGAAGAACACACUGAAAUUUGUGCUUUAUUCAUCUGGUUAAAGUACUUUUGGACAAGUUUUUAUUUCCUGGAGACAGGAAAAGAAAUAACCAACGGCUAAAAACCCUCAGGAAGAGGAAAAGUUGUAUUUUUUGGAACGCGUAAAGACGCACGGCGGAUCUCCAUGGCGCACGUCUGCAGGCAGCUGGUUGGCGUCGGAGGGAGCUGCGCGGGUUGGGUCGGGCUCAUCUUCGCCACGGCGACCAACGACUGGGUCCGGACAUGCGACUACUCGGUGGCCACCUGCCUGCGCAUGGACGAGCUGGGCUCGCGCGGCCUGUGGGCCGAGUGCGUGGUGUCGCCGUCCCUCUACCACUGCGUGUCUCUGGACCAGAUGUUCUCGCUGCCCGCGUACGUCCAGGUGUCCCGGGCUCUGAUGAUCGCCGCGUGUCUCCUGGGCGUCCCGGCGUUGCUGCUGGUCCUCAUGUCCAUGCCCUGCAUUCGGUUGCCUAGCAACUCCUCCGCCACCGUUAAGAAGCGCCGCACCCAGGUGGGCGGCGUCCUCUUCAUCGUCAUAGCUGUUUUUGGUAGCGUAGCGACCGUCUGGUUCCCCAUCGGAGCGAACAAAGCGGAGCACCUCAUGUCCUUCGGCUACUCUCUGUACGUGGGCUGGGUGGGAGCCGGGCUCUGCCUGCUGGGCGGCGUCGUCAUCCUCUGCUUCCAGGUCGCCCUCAUCACCAACCCGUCCAGGGAGAACAGCUUCUUCUACUCCAGGCGGGGCGGAACCGCCCGGGAGGUCGACAGCUCCGCCAACCACGCCAAGACUGAACGGGUGUGAGGGGCGACCGGCUUCCCGUCCUCACUGCAGGCGGGUUCCCCAGGAUGCACCGAUCCACCUUUUACCCAACAAAACCGAUAUCUGAGGUUUGGUAUCAGAAAUGAAAAAUGUGCCUAACUGACUUAAAAUAUUUCUUUUUUAAAAACAAAAACAUAAAUGUUCUGAAUUACAAAUUCGUUGAUAGCUCUGCUCCGCUACAGCUCAGUUAAAGCUGCAGUGUGUAACUUAUAAUCUAAAAUAAAUAAUAAAGAAUGACCACAAAACAUAGAAUUAGGCUGAAUAGAUCUGCACUUAUCAAUCAGGCACAUAGUCACUGAUGCCGGAUCUAGAAUUUCUCUUAAUCUCUGGACCGAUAGUGAUAUUGAUAUUGGAUCGGUGCAUCUCUAGCUUUAUGUAUCCAUCGGAUUUUUUUUAGCUUUAAGCUAUUGUAUUACUCUGCUAUCUGUUUCUCUGUUCAAACCGAUCCUCCGCUGAGGUGGUGUCUAGUAAAGUUGGGUCAGAAAUUUACCUGAAAUGUUUCCUCAUGGUACAGUUCCAGGAAGAAGGUUCUGGGUUCAAAUCCUGACCUGGGUUCUUUCUGCAUGUUCUCCUUGUGGAUACGUCCUCCGGAUGUUAGCUUAUCCUCCUCCUCCAUCCCUGUCAGAUCCUUACACCGUUUUCUGUCCGCUACUCCCUCUCUCCUCGAACAGGCAGGCUGUUGAUUACUCUGAACGCUGCUGCCACCUAGUGGCCGGAGGCCUGUUCAUCAGUCAAGGAUGAGUAGAAACAGAAAAAUACUUCAAGUUUCAUUGAA